UUAUCUCUGUUGCUCUUACUAUAUAACACCAUGUCGGUUACGUCUCUGCCUUUGAGUGCAGGUGAGGACACGUUCGAGCUGCACUCGGUGGAACUGGAGCUGGAGGCUGUGGAGAAGCAGAUCCGCGACCUACAGGUGAAGCAGGCCGAGCUGCGGGAGCGGAAAGCAGCGCUGGAAGCCCCCCGGUCUCAGGUAAACUCCCGGCAUUUAAUCACUACUCCUUCCACCUCUACUCCGUGUGUUUCUCUGUCCAGGCCCAACGCACCCAGGAAGUGGCCUGGCCAGGGGCAGUUCACUCCAGCGCCGGGGCACCGCGGAUCCUGGGUGCAGCAGCGGAGGACACGUGCCGGGCCCCGGUCGAGGACCUCUCCCCCUCCACCACCGCCGGUCUUCGAGAUCCCCACCCGGACCCGCUUCGCCCCCCUUCGUGAGACGGACCGCGACACUGUGAUCAUCGGAGACUCCAUCGUCCGCCACGUCCGUGCUACUGUGGCUAAAGGUAAGGCUCGCACUCACUGCUUACCUGGUGCCCGUGUUCUUGAUGUCGCUGCACAGGUACCUAGGGUCGUGAGCAGAAACACCGGAGCUGUGGUUCUUCACGCCGGCUCGAACGACACCAGCCUGAGGCAGUCGGAGAUCCUGAAGAGAGACUUCAAGACCCUGGUGGAGACGGUUCGCAGCACAGCGCCCACGGCGAGGAUCAUCGUGUCCGGACCACUUCCAACGUACCAGCGAGGAAUUGAAAGGCUGUUCCGCGCUGACGGCCUGCACCCCAGCAGAGUUGGAGCGGAGAUCCUCUCGGACCACAUCUCCAGGGCGCUGCACACCUUCUGACUGGUAAACUACGCCUUAAAUUUAAAUUUCAAUAGCCAUCCUUCACCUCAACACAUCGAUACAAAUGCACACAUACCUCUCCCCAUAGAAACUGUGUCUGUUCCCCAAGCAGUGAGAUUAAAAAGUAAUUAUGUAAGACGUUCUCGAAAUAAUCUUACUGUAAUUAGACCAGAAAAAUGCCAAAGAAACAAACAAAAACAGUUCCUAAAAUGUGGGCUUCUGAACAUUAGAUCACUUGCACCCAAAGCACUUAUCGUAAAUGAAAUAAUCUCAGACAAUAGCCUUACUGCAUUAUGCCUCACCGAAACCUGGAUUAAACCAAAUGACUACAUCGGUCUAAAUGAGUCUACACCAUCAGGUUAUAUCUAUAAGCACGAGCCUCGACAGACUGGUCGUGGAGGUGGUGUCGCCACUAUCUUUAACGAUUGCCUUACUGUUACCCAGAGAACACAGUAUAGAUUUAAGUCUUUUGAAGUGCUUGUCCUUAAUGUUACACUAUCGCACACGCACACGAAACAAAAAUCCCUGAUGUCUCUUGCGCUAGCGACCGUGUAUAGACCACCAGGGCCCUACACCAAUUUUCUUAGAGAAUUCACAGAUUUUCUUUCUGACCUACUGGUUAGCUUUGAUAAAGCAUUAAUUGUAGGAGAUUUUAACAUUCAUGUUGACGACACAAAUGAUGCGCUAGGACUCACAUUCAUGGACUUACUAAACUCACUUGGGCUCAAACAAAACAUUUACAUACAUCUAACAUACACUAGAUUUAAUAAUAUCACACAGAAUAGAUGUCACUGAUAUAGAUAUCAUUCCUCAAAGUGAUGAUAUCACAGACCAUUAUCUCAUAAUGUACACACUACCUGUAGAACAGGCUAACUGCGUUUCACCACGUUAUCGUCUCGGUAGAACUAUUAUUCCGACCACUAAAGACAGAUUCACAAAUAACUUGCCUGAUCUGUCUGGACUUCUUACUGCACCCUUAAACACAGACGACCUAGAUGAAAUUACUAACAGCAUAGGCGCUAUAUUCACUAGCACACUAGACACUGUUGCCCCAAUCAGAUUACAGAAGGUUAGAGAUAAAACGCUUGCACCAUGGUAUAAUAGUCAUACUCACACCCUCAAGAGAGAGACCCGUAACCUUGAGCGAAAGUGGAGAAAAACUAAAUUAGAGGUUUUUAGAAUUGCAUAUAAGGAAAGUAUGUCCAGCUAUAGACAGGCUCUAAAAGCAGCCAGGGCUGAGCACCUGAGCAAACUCAUAGAAAAUAACCAGAACAAUCCCAGGUUUUUAUUUAGCACAGUGGCUAGACUAACAAAAAACCAAAAAUCUGAACACACAAUUCCAUCACAGUUCAGUAGUGACGAUUUUAUGAGAUUCUUCACUGAUAAAAUCGAAAGUAUCAGGAAUAAAAUAGGUGACGCUCAACACAUAAGAGCAACUAGCAUCCCGGUCUCACCUAAGGUUCUAAACACACAACUACAUUGCUUUACAAGUACAGGUCAGGAAGAGUUAGUUAAACUUAUUACUACAGCUAAAUCAACAACUUGUUCACUAGACCCCAUUCCAACUAAACUACUGAAAGAAGUGUUACAUAAAGCCGGUGAGCCUCUUCUUAAUAUUAUUAACUCCUCGUUAUCUUUAGGUCACGUCCCUAAAUCCUUCAAGUUGGCAGUUAUUAGGCCACUCAUUAAGAAACCUAAUUUAGAUCCUAAUGGACUUUCAAAUUACAGACCGAUUUCACACCUUCCGUUUAUGUCUAAAAUACUAGAAAAGGUUGUGUCUGUUCAACUGAGCUCUUUCUUACAGGAGAACAAUAUCCUCGAGGAGUUUCAGUCAGGUUUCAGGCCCCAUCAUAGCACAGAAACUGCACUUGUUAAAGUUACAAAAGACUUGUUCUUAGCUUCGGACAAAGACUGUAUGUCACUAUUAGUUCUACUUGACCUUAGUGCUGCAUUCGACACUAUAGAUCACAACAUUCUCCUAGAUCGCUUACAAAAUUACACAGGUAUUCAUGGACAGGCUUUAAGUUGGUUUAGAUCCUACCUGUCUGAUCGAUACCAUUUUGUAGAAUUAAAUGGUGAAUCCUCCAGCUUAUUACCAGUUAAUUAUGGGGUCCCUCAAGGAUCAGUUCUAGGACCUCUGCUCUUCUCGAUAUACAUGCUUCCAUUAGGGAACAUUAUUAGAAGACAUGGGAUUAGCUUCCAUUGCUAUGCCGACAACACACAGUUAUACAUCUCCUCAAAACCAGAUGAAAUAACUAAAUUGUCGAAAUUAACUCAAUGCCUUAGAGAGAUAAAAGACUGGAUGAGCUGUAACUUUCUGUUGUUAAACUCUGAUAAGACAGAAACACUACUUAUAGGCCCAAAAACUAGUACACAGAAACUCUCACAACUUAAUUUCCAAUUAGAGGGAUGUACUGUUACUAGUAGCUCGACAGUGAAAGACCUGGGUGUUAUAUUUGACAGUAACUUGUCUUUUGAAAAUCACGUCGCCCAAACCACAAAAACAGCCUUCUUCCACCUCAGAAAUAUUGCCAAGCUGAGAAACAUCCUGUCUGUAUCUGAUGCUGAGAAGCUAGUUCACGCUUUCAUGACCUCUAGACUGGACUAUUGUAAUGCAUUACUAGGUGGUUGUCCUGCAUCUUUAAUAAAUAGGCUACAGUUAGUCCAAAAUGCAGCGGCCAGAGUUCUCACUAGGACAAGAAAGUAUGACCAUAUAACCCCAAUUUUAUCAUCUCUACACUGGCUACCUGUUAAGUUUAGAAUUGAUUACAAACUGCUGCUACUUACGUACAAGGCUCUUAAUGGUUUAGCUCCCAUGUAUCUAACUAGUCUUCUAACACGUUACAAUCCUUCACGCUCUCUGAGAUCACAAAACUCAGGACUCCUGGUAGUCCCCAGAAUAUCUAAGUCUACUAAAGGCGGAAGAGCGUUCUCUUAUUUAGCUCCCAAACUUUGGAAUAGUCUUCCUGAUAGUGUUCGGGGCUCAGACACACUUUCACAGUUUAAAUGUAGAUUGAAAGCUCAUCUCUUUAGUCAGGCGUACACAUAAUACAUCCCAUAAAUAUUGUGCACUAUCACACUAGACUUGCACAUUCUUAUGAACAGCAGAUAUGUUAAUCCCUAUGCACUGCUCUUCUCUUCUCUUUUUCUACCCAUGCUGAGACACCCAUGCUAAGAUCGUCUUCCGUGCGUUGAAAUUUCUGGACCUCCACUGAGACAAGGCUGACUCUGUGAGAACCCUGAGACAUCUACAGAUCUACCGGCUCCAGUUGGACUCUGUGAUACUUGUAUAUUUGUAACCACACCAUCUAGUGUCACCCAUAUGAGGAUGGGUUCCCCUUGAGUCUGGUUCCUCUCAAGGUUUCUUCCUUUACCAAUCUAAGGGAGUUUUUCCUUGCCACUGUUGCCUGAGCCCUCAGACUUGCUCAUUGGGGACAAAUACAUAUACAUACAUACAUACAAACAUACAUACAUACACACUGUGAACUGUAUAUAUCUUGAAUUUUUAUUAUAUUAAUUCUUUAUACUUCUCCUUAUGUUUAUCUUUUGUUUUAUGUUUAUGUUCUGUAAAGCUGCUUUGUGACAAUGUCCAUUGUAAUUGCAUUAUCAGGACUGUCAGUCAUCACAUCAUCUGUAUAUAUUACACACUACUGCUGCUGUAUAGUGUACUAAAGUAUAAUAUUACACAAUAUUGUUAUUUACACUCACACUUUAUGUACAUAACUGAUCUGUUAUAUAUUCUGUAUUUAUAUUUAAUACUCAUAAUGUCUAUAUUGUAUCUCAUCGUCUAUAUUGUAUAGUAGUGUUAUUUAUGUGUGUAUUGUAUAGUAUAGUGUUAUUUAUGUGUGUAUUGUAUAGUAUAGUGUUAUUUAUGUGUAUUGUAUAGUAUAGUGUUAUUUAUGUCUGUAUUGUAUAGUAUAGUGUUAUUUAUGUGUGUAUUGUAUAGUAUAGUGUUAUUUAUGUGUGUAUUGUAUAGUAUAGUGUUAUUUAUGGGUGUAUUGCAUAGUAUAGUGUUAUUUAUGUGUGUAUUGUAUAGUAUAGUGUUAUUUAUGUGUGUAUUGUAUAGUAUAGUGUUAUUUAUGUGUGUACUUUUGAGAGUCACAAACAGCUGGAACCAAAUUCCUUGUGUGUGUCAACAUCAACACACUUGGCCAAUAAACCUGAGUUGUUAUAUUGAAUUAGAAA